GCCCUUGCGACACAGAACAUUAGGGAAAUCUGAAUGUCUCAAUACUGUGUCAAUGUGUAACUAAGUCAUCCUGCAAUAGAUGUUAUUUAAAAUCUGGGUAAACCUUCAGUCCUUUAUCAGCCAGCUAGAUUCAGCAAAACAUCUGAAGGUCCUGUGUGAUAGUUUUCCAAUAAAUGAAGAUGAACAAGAUGUACCUCACGCUCUUGAUGAUCUCCUGCCUUUCCAUGGGAAUGGCCAAUCGUGUGUAUAUCCACCCUUUCAACCUUUUUAGCUUUGACAACAUCAGCUGUGAGGUCAUCCAGAAAGAAGACCACCAGCCCUUAGAAACCGUCCAUCCACUGACUCUUCAAGACAGUACUGAGCCAGACCCACGACCUACCGGGACCGCAGAGGACCUGAAAAACCUCACCCAACGAACUGCUGUGUUAGCAGAACUACAAAACUCCCUUGGGUUUCGUAUGUAUCAUGCACUCAGUCGCUCACAGAAGAAUACCAACACACUGCUGUCUCCCGUAAAUGCUUUUGGCACUUUGGUGACACUAUUUCUUGGUGCAUCCAAAAAGACAGCCAUUUCCUACCAACAGCUGUUAGGACUCAGCCGGGAGUCUGAUCAGCCAGACUGUGAAUACUUUAUGGAUGGACAUACAGUGUUACGCACACUCCAGGCCAUAAGUUCACAUGUAGAUGAAUCUCGAAAUGAGUUCAAGACCGUCGUGUGGACUUUUAGUAACAACGACGCUGACCUUUCUAAAGAUUUUGUACGUGGAACACAAGACUUUUCAGAUCAAUCUUUUGUUCGUUCUGUGGACUUUGCACAGCCUAAGGAAGCUGAAGUGCAGGUGGACAACUUCAUCCAGAAAACGUCAAAGAGCAAGGCAAAGAAACUGUUCGCGGAUGUCACUGCACAAACUAACUUGCUGUUUGCUAGUUCAGUUAAUUUCAAAGGCAACUGGAAGUUUGCGUCUGAUCCUAAUGCAACCACUGAGCAGGAGUUCUGGACCGAUGAGGAAUCCAGUGUCAAAGUACCAUUAAUGAAGUAUCAUGGUGUCUACAUGUACUUUACUGACCCUCACAGGAAGUGCUUUAUAGUCAAACUCGGCCUCAGUAAAAGGACCUACUUACUCCUUGUUCUGCCUCAUGAAGGAACCAACCUGCAGCACAUUGAGAAGCAACUCCGGUCAGAUAUCAUAUCUAAGUGGGAUAAACAUCUGAAAGAGAAUCAUCUGGUGCUGUAUUUGCCCAAAUUUUCCUUGACUGCUGUGACAGACCUGAGAUCAGUACUGUCUGAUAUGGCAGUGGAGAAGUACCUCAUGGGCUCUGAUGCAAGUUUCAGUCAACUCAGCAGCAAAGGGAACUUCACUGUCGAUCAGGUAUUCAAUAAUGAUGUGCUUGAGAUGACAGAGGAAGGAUCUAAGUUUCUCCAGAAAGAUGACCUAUCAAGACCUGUCCAGACACUGACAUUUAACCGGCCAUACUUCUUUGCACUUGUGGAGGGAAACUCUAACGCCAUACUCAUGCUGGGAAAAAUUGUCAAUCCAACAAUUUAAAAUACAUCUCAGUUUUGGUGGCUGUGGAGUAAUUUAUGCAGAAUUUCGAGUGCUUCCAUUUGAAUAAAGUAAAUGUAAAUUAAACAUUUGAAUAAUGGACAGCGUCAGGUUAAAAUCAGCCAUUCACACACCUUUUAGACAACUUUGUCAUUUUUGUUAUAACUUAAAUAUGUACAAAGACUUCCUGUAUGAACUGCUUGAACAAAUUAAAUUGGAAUAUUUAUGAAAAACA